UUUCGACCCGGCUCGACCCAACUUAAUCCGUUCGAUCGUAAAGCAGCAUCCAAAAAGAACCCAGCAUCAUGUGCAAGCCUUUGUCCCUCAUCUCGAUGCUCGCUGUGAUUCUCCUGGCCAGCUCCUCGGUGCAGGCCGAAAGGACCACACAGAAUUGUGGUGAGAGGCUCAUGGAAAUGAUGGAUUACGUGUGCGAAUCGUUUACUCCCGUAGUCGCACACAAAAAGCGCUCUAUGCCCGACAAUGAUCUAGCCCUUGAUCCCCUCGAGUACGUUCAGAAGUUUGAGGAGGACAACUCCAUUGCGGAACCGGUGCCAAGUCAGAUCUUCCGUGGAAAUUCCUUUGAGCGGGUCCUCAGUUCCCUGGCUGAGAUCCAGCGGCGAACCCGUCAGCAAGGCAUUGUGGAUAGGUGCUGCAAGCAUGCCUGCCCUCUGGCAGUCCUCCAUGAGUACUGCCUCGUCUCCAAAACAUAUUAAAUUUUCUCAUACGAAACCCGCGUCCCGCUCCGAAAAUUGACCGGCUCUACCUGAUUAUCUCUGGAUCUGGUUCCAAACCAACCAUGUGAACAUAUACUCCGAAAAGUGUUUUUUUAUAUAGCUUGUUGCAUGUUAAAAUGUAUUACACGAUCGUAAUGGAUUAAAUAUAUCCUGCUUGGGCUUUAGCAAACAAA